AUGCCGCGGAAAAUAUACAGCGACAACGCCACCAACUUUGUCGGCGCCGAUCCCAAACUUCGCGAGCUGAGGGAUGCUUUCGCGGCCCAACAAACGGAAGUGCAGAAAUACGCAACGGGCGAAGGAUUCACCUUCGACUUUAUAUCACCCAGGGCGCCGCACUUCGACGGGUUAUGGGAGACGGCAGUGAAGUCCGCCAAACAUCUCCUCGUGCGCGCAAUCGGCAACGCGCUGCUCACCGGCGUAGAACUGCAAACGCUGCUCGCCGAGGUCGAGGCCAUACUCAACUCCCGACCCCUGGUACCACUGAGACAGGACCCGAACGAUGGAGAGGCCCGAACACCAGCGCACCUACUAGUUGGGUGCCCCUUCGAGCGCUGCCACCAGCCCAAGUAUCGAUGGACCCAAUGCGUUGCUGCGACAGAUGGCAACUUGUCUGUUGUCUCAAGCUACAGUUUUGGCGACUGUGGUCCAGGAACUACCUGUUGGUUCUUCAACAGAGGAGCAAGUGGUAGCAUCCGAAGCGCAACUUCGAGCUGA